CCCGAGUAUCUCCAUCUCUUCUUAUUCUCAUACACCAUGCUUGCACGCGCCUCCCUCCUCUCCAGGCAAGCCCGCCCCGCCACCGCAAUCCCUGCCAUCGCAAGGGCAAAGUCCACCUGGGCCAACGUCCCCGCCGGGUAUGUCGCCGUAUCACCCGGCGAAGCCUUCCACUGAUCCCUGCCCUGCAGCCCGCCCGACCCCAUUCUUGGUGUCACUGAAAAGUUCAAGGCCGACAAGUCCCCCAAGAAGAUCAACCUUGGUGUUGGUGCCUACCGCGACGGCAAUGGCAAGCCCUAUGUCCUGCCCACUGUGAAAAAGGCCGAAAAGAUCCUCUCGGACGCCAUGCAAGACAAAGAGUACCUCCCCAUCACCGGCCUUGCUGACUUUACCAAGCUCGCUGCCGAGCUUGCCUAUGGUAAAGACUCCAAGCCCAUCGUCGAGAACCGCCUGGCCAUCACCCAGUCCAUCUCGGGUACCGGCGCUCUUCGGAUCGGUACCGCCUUCCUCGCCCGCUGGUUCCCCAACGCCAAGACCAUCUACCUGCCCACUCCUACUUGGGGUAACCACAUCCCCAUCAGCAAGGACUCGGGGCUCGAGGUCAAGCAGUACAAGUACUUUGACAAGAACACUGUAGGGUUGGACUUUGAGGGUAUGAAGGCGGAUAUCGAAAAGGCGCCUGAUGGGUCUAUCAUCUUGCUCCAUGCAUGUGCCCACAACCCCACCGGUAUCGACCCCACCGAAGCCCAGUGGAAGGAACUCUCCACGCUCCUCAAAUCCAAAAACCACUUCCCCUUCUUCGACAUGGCCUACCAAGGCUUUGCCUCGGGUGACACCCUCCGAGACGCGUUCGCCGUCCGAUACUUUGUCGAGCAAGGCCACCAGAUCUUGCUUUGCCAGAGUUUCGCCAAGAACAUGGGUCUGUAUGGUGAGCGAGUGGGCGCCAUUUCGUUUGUGUGCGAGAGCGAGGAGGAGAGGAAGCGCGUGGACUCGCAAUUGAAGAUUAUCAUUCGACCCCUCUACUCCAACCCCCCUGUACACGGUGCCCGCCUCGUCACCACCAUCCUCUCCGACCCCACGCUCAAUGCCGAAUGGCUCACCGAAGUCAAAGGCAUGGCCGACCGUAUCAUCGAGAUGCGUGAACGUCUCUACAACAAGCUCGUCGAGCUCGACACCCCUGGAGAGUGGGGGCACAUCAAGAGCCAGAUCGGCAUGUUUUCGUUCACGGGUUUGAAGGCCGAGCAGGUCGAUGCUUUGGCGCAAAAGGCCAGUAUCUACCUGACUAGGGACGGCCGUAUCUCUAUGGCCGGUCUCAAUGCUGGCAACGUUGACUACUUUGCCGAGAGCGUCAGCAAGGCCGUCAAGGGUACUCUCUAGAGCCAUGUCACUCUUGUCUAUCUCGCGACAAGUCGGUCUCCCGUCUGGGUAGCCUUCAAGCAUAUUUGUACAGAUAGAAGAAAAAAAGGCGAAUUGAAAUGGAAUGAAGUCUUUUGUAUAUGCGUCGAAACUAAUUUCAUGUUGCACUUCUUGG